UUUGUGCAUUUCUUUACAGCACCGUGCAUGACCCAGUGACUCUGCAGAACCUGUUUCUGCUGAACUCUUCAUGUUUUCUCUGUUGUGCAGGUUUGAGCUGCAGACCUGCAGCAGACGAGCUGAAAUCAAGACUCUCACCUGGAAUUUAGCGUCCUGCCACCUGAGCUGCAGGUGAUACACUUUAAAUGAUGUGCCCAGCUCAGUCUGCUGUCCUCUGGUUUCUCCCAGCAUGCAAUUCCUCCUCCACCAGUUUCACUUUCACUUCUGACUGACGGACGCUGAAGCAGAAGACGACGAGGUGGGAGGAUUUCCUGUUUUCACCGUCACCAUGUUGGUUCCUCUCCUGCUGCUGCUCUUGGUCUCCGUUCCUCCCUCACUUGGAGCACAGCUCCCGAAUCAGAACCAAGCCAAAGAGGCUCCCAUAGCCACCAACGGGCAGCCCUUCCCCUGGGAUCGCAUGAGGCUUCCCAAAACCGUCUCGCCCCUCCACUACGACCUGAACCUCCACCCCAACCUGACCUCCCUGGACUUCAGCGGCGUUGUUCGCAUUGAGCUGGACGUCCAUGAAGACACCAGCACCGUGAUCCUCCACUCCAAGCAUUUACAGAUAUCCGGCGCGCUGCUGCUGGCGCCCGAAGGAGUGAAGCCCCUUCAGGUCCUGGAGUAUCCUCGCUUCCAUCAGCUGGCCCUGCUGUCAGACUCGGUGCUGACCAAAGGCAGGAAGUACGAAGUUCAGCUGGGGUUCGCUGCCAACUUGUCGGACAGCUUCCAUGGUUUCUACAAGAGCAGCUACCGCACCAGCAGCGGGGAAGUCCGGGUCCUGGCAUCGACGCAGUUUGAAGCCACUUUUGCUCGUGGAGCCUUCCCCUGUUUCGAUGAACCCGCCUUCAAAGCCAACUUCACCAUACGGAUCAUACGGGAGCCACGACACAUAGCCAUCUCCAACAUGCCCAAGGUUAAAACGGUGGAGUUACCGGGCGGUUUGCUCGAGGAUCACUUUGACACAACCGUGAAAAUGAGCACUUACUUGGUGGCCUACGUUGUUUCUGACUUCCUGUCUGUGAGCAAAACCACCCAGCACGGCGUCAAGAUAUCCAUUUAUACUGUCCCUGAGAAGAUCGACCAGACGGCCUUUGCAUUGGAUGCUGCUGUCAAGCUGCUGGACUUCUACGACGACUAUUUUGAUAUUCCUUACCCGCUUCCCAAACAGGACCUGGCUGCUAUCCCUGACUUCCAGUCGGGUGCGAUGGAGAACUGGGGUCUGACCACCUACAGAGAGACCGGCCUCCUCUUCGACCCCGACAAGUCCUCCGCCUCCGACAAACUGGCCAUUGCUAAGGUCAUUGCCCACGAGCUGGCACACCAGUGGUUUGGCAACCUGGUGACGAUGGAGUGGUGGAAUGACUUGUGGCUCAACGAGGGUUUCGCCAAGUUCAUGGAGUAUGUUUCCCUCCACAUCACCUACCCAGAGCUGCAAGUGGAUGACUUCUUCUUGGGGAAAUGUUUCGAGGCGAUGGAUGUGGACUCCCUCAGCUCCUCUCACCCAGUUUCCACCCCCGUGGAAAACCCCACACAGAUCCAGGAGAUGUUUGACGACGUGUCAUAUGACAAGGGAGCUUGUAUUCUGAAUAUGCUGCGGGACUUUCUCACUCCUGAGGCCUUUGAGAUCGGCAUCAUCCGAUACCUCAAACGUUACAGCUACCAAAACACUGUGAACAGCCACCUGUGGGAGAGUCUGACCAAUCUCUGCGACUCAGAUGAUCUGGUCGAAGGCCGAAUAAAACACAGAGAAUACUGCUCCAAACACAAACUCCAGUCUGAAGCUUCUAAGUGGCACUCUGGUGAUGAGCUGGACGUGAAAGCCAUCAUGGACACCUGGACGCUGCAGGAAGGCUUCCCGCUGGUCACCGUGGAGGUCAGAGGUCGGGAGGUCAGGCUCAGUCAGGAGAGAUACCUGAAGACGGACGAUCCGUCGCUCACUGAAGGAUUCCUGUGGCAGAUCCCACUGACCUACAUGACCAGCGCCUCCAGCACCAUCCGCCGCUUCCUGCUCAAGACAAAGACUGAUGUGCUGUACCUGCCGGAGGAGGUGGACUGGGUCAAGUUCAACGUGGACAUGAGCGGCUACUACAUGGUCCACUAUGCAGGCGAAGGCUGGAACUCCAUCAUCAAGCUGCUGCAGCACAACCACACAGCUCUGAGCAGCAACGACCGCGCCAGCCUCAUCCAGAACGUCUUCCAGCUGGUCAGCGUGGGGAAGGUGAGGCUGGACACGGCUCUGGAGCUGUCGCUGUACCUGUCCAGAGAGACGGCGGUCAUGGCCGUGACUCAGGGCCUCGGAGAGCUCGUACCGCUCUACAAACUGAUGGAGAAGAGAGACAUGGCAGCGUUGGAGAACCAGAUGAAGGGCUACAUAGUGGAUUUGUUCCGGGGCCUGAUUGACCGGCAGGAGUGGGCCGACUCUGGUUCUGUGUCCGAGCGAGUUCUGAGGAGUUAUCUGCUGCUGUUCGCCUGCGUCAGGAACCACGCUCCCUGUGUGAACAAAGCCACGCGGCUCUUCAACCAGUGGAAGGAGUCCGACGGCGACAUGAGCCUCCCUGUCGACAUCACAAUGGCUGUGUUCAUGAUGGGAGUUCGGACACCAGAAGGAUUUGACUUCCUGUUUGAGAAGUACCGACACUCCAUGCAGAUGUCUUUCAGGAGCCGCCUGAAGAGUGCCAUGGCUUGGAGCCCACAGACGGACAAACUCCAGUGGUUGAUGGAGCAGAGCCUCCACGGCGAGGUGAUGAAGACUCAGGACCUCCCAGACGUGAUUGUCUCCAUCAGCAAGAACCCACACGGCUACAAACUGGCCUGGGACUUCCUCCGAGCCCACUGGCACACCUUGAUCAAGAAGUUUGACCUCGGGUCCAGCACGAUAUCAUUCUUGGUGACUCAGGUGACCAACCAGUACUCGACCAGGGAGAUGCUACAUGAGGUACGAAGCUUCUUCGGCUCCCUGACCGAGGAGACGGGCUCUGAGAUGAGGUGCAUCCAGCAGGCCUACGAGACCAUCGAGGAUAACAUCCGCUGGAUGGACACCAACCUUCCUCUGCUGCAGGCCUGGCUGGACAAACGCACCCACAGAGUGUCUCAUGAGGAUUUAUAACUGCAGGGAAAACAGAAUGUCUGUCGUGGAUGAUUGUGCUGCUCCAGGCAGAAACAGAGGUGUGGUCCUGCAUCACAAAUGAGACGACCUGAUGCUCGCUGACAACAAUCAGACACGUCAAACACGCACCUUAAUGUUAAAGGCAAUGACAGAUUUUGCAUUUAGAAUUAUUUGGCAUCCUUCCCAAAUCCAAACAUUAAAAAAAACAUCAUCACAAAAGUACCUUGCUUUGAAAUAGAUAGUAAUACAUGUAACUGAACAUAUUCCAAAACAUGAAAUACUCCAAAUAAGUGCUUUUUCAGAUCUGUAGAACUUUAGGCAUUGUAAAUGUCGUGAACAAUAACCUGAAGGAAUGCCUUAAUGAACCCCCACAUGUGAGAGGUUUAAAGAUGUGACAUAAUCGGGCACAUUGUGAGGUUUCCUGGUUGUUGUGAUUCCAAAAAAUACUUUGCUUUUGUUUGUUUUUUCCAAAAAGUAUUCUUUGGAAUGACCAGCAAGAGGAGAAGAGAGGAAUUAUUUCCCAAUGAAAGCACUCAGAGCAGAACAGUAGAUGUGAUAGAUGAAUAUAUUUCUGCUCAGAGUUGUCUCUGGGUGUCUGUAUAUGUUUGUAGGUGUGUUUGUGAAACUCUUUUUUUUCUUUUUUCGGCUACAUGUGUGAAUUCUCUGUGAAGUACGUUUCGAUUUAUGCUGCGCCAUCACUGUAGAAAGCAACACAAAGCCUGUACAGGGUUGUACAAUUAGUAAAUGAACUGCGCAUUUAAUUGAAUUUUACAUUUUUAAAUAUUUUGGCACCAGAGCUCUCCUCAGCUAGCAAAACAAGAAAAGCCCAGUGGGAUCUACAGCCGUUAGACCUGACUUCAUUCUCUAAUACCAGCAUAAAGCAGGAAGGAGUUACUCUAAUGCACCUGUUGGAUUUAUACACAGUUAAAGUGUUGUUGAACCAUAUUUGACUUGAACCCAGCGUCAUCCUGCUGCAUCACUUCAUCAUCACUGAGAACACAACCAUGAAUUCUGACACCACUGCUUUUGUUUAAACACGUUUAAACUUUAUUGAAACUGACAAUCUUGCCAACAGAAAACGCACUAAAGGACCCACGUUGUUACAAACAGUCUUUGGAUUAUUCGACUCAGCAGUGUCUAUUUCUAUACCACUGUUAUAUCAUUUGUUCAUCCAGAAGGAGAGCAGUUCUUGGUUGAACUAAAUAUUAGACCAAUAAAGUUAAUUUGACCUCAUUUGACUUGUAUUCCUGUAACUUCACGUAACUAUUAACUGUUAGUAAUCAGUGAUUAGUUUGUGGGUGGAACCUUUCAAUCGUUUUACUCCUCUGAUAAGCCGAUCGAUCGAUUUUCCAGUAAGAGAGUUUCAAUGUAAUGCUUUGUUGCGUCAUUUUACAAUUAUUUUAUUAGUUUUUUAAACUACAGACGUGCACGUUUUUAUACACAGAAUAAGAUAACGGACCGAACAACUCAACUCCACUUCACUUGUCAUUGAAAGUACAGCUCUGUUUGAAA